CCGACGCCAGCCGCGGGGCCCGGCCCUCCGGAACGAAGCCGAGCGCGGAGGCGGCGCCGGUUCCCACGCGGCCGUCCCGUCCCGGGCCUCGGGCCGGGCUCCCCCAGGCGAGCAGCAGUCCGGCCACGCUGCGCGGCCGCCUUCCGUUCUGUCCCCGCCUAUCGCUGCGGCCGCAGCUCCCCGUCUCCCUUCCCCUCGGCCCGUCCCGUGCCGUCGCUGCCGCGAUCCCAGCCGCUGCCCGUGCCUGUGCCGAGCCGCCAUUUUGAGAGCGGAGGCGGCUGCGGGGCGUGAGUCGGGGCCCGGUAGCGGGGCGGUGGCGGUGACGGCGAGCCGGGCGCCGCUGCCCUGUGUCGGCAUUGCUACAACCAAGAAGCAUGUUUUUACCGAGAUCUGUUAAAGUCAAGAGGAGUGCUGAUAAGGACAAAAGCUGUACGGCCAAGAAAAAUAAAUUGUCUUCUGGAGGGUCUUCGUUAGAGGAGAACACUGAGUUCCGAGACUGCAAAUCAGCUAGAACAGAAACUUCAAAUUGCGACUCGAAUGAAGUUGUACAAGAAUGCACGGAACCCAUCACUGUUUCAUCAGAUCUUGGUGUUCCUGAUGCAUCUUUAGGAAAAGACAACCAAAAUACCACUGAAGAUAGCUCUACGGAAGAACCCAUAAAAUCCUUCAGCAAAUCCCAGCGUUGGGCAGAGCCUGGUGAACCUGUGUGUGUUGUCUGUGGUCGCUAUGGAGAGUAUAUAUGUGAUAAAACAGAUGAAGAUGUUUGUAGCUUGGAAUGUAAAGCCAAACACCUUCUACAAGUACAAGAAAAGGAGGAUAAGCUAAAAUCUGAUCACCUCGCAAAAGGAGAAUCUCAAGAAGAAACUCACCUGCUUAACGCACCUUAUUUCUACAAAGAUCACUCCUUUAUUUUAGGUUUGCGAGAUGAGCAGGUUGCGAACCUUAAACUGCAGUUAGGUAUUGCAAUUCAGGGCCAGCAAGUUCCAAGACCUAUUAUAGAGUUUGAACACUGUGGUUUUCCUGAAACUUUAAACAGUAAUUUAAAGAAUUCUGGCUAUGAAGUCCCAACUCCCAUCCAAAUGCAAAUGAUCCCUGUUGGACUGUUAGGGAGGGAUAUUGUGGCUAGUGCAGACACAGGCUCAGGAAAAACAGCAGCCUUCCUACUCCCUGUUAUUAUGAAGGUUUUGAACGAGACAGAAACUCCAUCUGCCCUUAUUUUGGCACCAACAAGAGAGUUAGCGAUUCAGAUAGAAAGACAAGCUAAAGAGCUCAUGGCUGGUUUACCAAACAUGAGAACAGUUCUCCUGGUAGGAGGUUUACCACUGCCACCACAGCUUCAUCGUCUCAAGCAAAGUGUCAAGGUUAUAAUAGCAACACCUGGAAGACUUUUAGAGAUUUUAAAGCAAAGUUCUGUUCGACUGCAUGGCAUAAAAAUUGUAGUAGUGGAUGAAGUGGAUACUAUGUUAAAAAUGGGUUUCCAGCAGCAAGUGUUGGGUAUUUUGGAAGACAUCUCUCAUGAUCAUCAAACCAUACUGGUGUCAGCCACAAUUCCAGUGGGUAUUGAACACUUAGCAAAUCAGCUUCUGCACAAUUUUGUAAGAAUAACAAUUGGAGAAAAGAAUCUGCCAUGUUCCAAUGUUCGCCAGAUUAUUUUGUGGGUAGAAGAACCGUCUAAAAAGAAGAAACUGUUUGAAAUACUAAAUGAUAAGAAACUCUUCAAGCCUCCAGUGUUGGUAUUUGUGGACUGCAAGCUAGGAGCGGAUCUGUUGAGUGAUGCUGUUCAUAAGAUUACAGGAUUACAAUGUACAUCUAUGCAUUCUGAAAAAUCUCAGGUGGAAAGAACAGCCAUAUUACAGGGAUUACUUCAAGAGAAGUAUGAAGUGAUAGUAAGUACUGGAGUCCUUGGACGAGGACUUGACCUUGUCAAUGUCAAACUGGUAGUAAAUUUUGAUAUGCCUUCAAGUAUGGAUGAAUAUGUACAUCAGGUUGGAAGAGCAGGGAGGCUGGGCCACAGUGGAACUGCAAUUACUUUUAUCAAUAACAACAGCAAGAAACUCUUCUGGGAUGUUGUGAAGAGAGUAAAACCAACAGGCACUAUUCUUCCCCCACAGCUGCUUAAUUCCCCAUAUCUUCAUGACCAAAAGAGAAGGGAACAACAGAGACUUAAGCAAUUGGAGAAUAGCCUUGUAACGGGGGAUAACAUUAUGGACAUCAUUAGAAAACAUGACAAAAAUAAUUCUCAGAGGUAACAAAGGUAUAGAAAACUUUGUAAUUGUUAUGAAAGUGUGAUUAAAAAUAAACAUGGAAUUUUGAUGUCUCUCUGUA